ACAGGACUACCGCCUUUCUCCAGGGAAGAAACCGUUUUUUGGGGGGGCUGGCUACGGUCUCUACGUUGUAGCGUCGGGACACUGACGAUUUAACAUCGGGCAUAGCAUCAACACGGGCUCUUCUUGUAUGGUUCGAUGCCGGUCUGUGACUCUGCUAAACAGUAACCAUGGCCACAGUAACCAUGGCCCUCCUGUCCUAAGAUCAGACUCCAGUGGAUGUUUUGAGGAAAAAGAAGAUGGAGGAUCUUUGCUCGGAGCAUGUAGCUGACCUUCCUCAGAAUGGGGGAAGUAGUGGAGGAGGAAGAGGUGGUGGAGAGGGGGUCAGAAAGGUAGAGAACACUGUCACCCAGCUGAUUACAAGCGAGGCCUCACGCAUCAGCUCUCCUGGCCAGGCUAAUCAGAAACCAAGCCUUUCACAUAUGGUAACUAUCCCAGCGUCCCCCACCAUGGUCAGUCCCAGCGCCGAGGCUCGAGAAGGGGUGGCUCUCAAGGUGGCUGCCACCGUGCUUCAGCCUCUCUGUCUGGGGGACAGUCCUGUGAUGCUGCCCAUCCACCCCCUCCAACAGAUGGCUGGAGGAACCCCUCCCCAGGGGAUCCCUCCGUACCUCCUGACCCACCAGGGGCCUCUCUCCCUGGGCUCCCUCUCCCAAGGCCCUGGUCUCUCCCUGCCUCUGGUCCUGGAGCAGCAUGUGUUCCAGCAUCUGAACACCAUGGGAGCGAUGCUCCAGCAGACUCCCCCCUACCCUUCCCUGUCCUUCCUCCAGAACAAUCUGCUGUGUCACACCCAGCCUCAGACCUCUUCCAUGGCUUCGUUGGCCUUCUGCCAGCCUCCAGCCCUGGAUCAGAAACUACCUGGACCUCCAGCCCAGGACCCAGGUAUUCAUGCCAUCCUCCAGAACCCGGCAUUCGCUGCCCUCAUACAGGACCUGUUUUCUGCUCAGACCAACCCCAUCUCCUCUUCCUGUCACCCAGCGGGGUCAACCCCAACUGACCCCUUUGCUUCAGCCCCGUUCCCCCCAUCCCAACCCCAACCUCCACCCCUCUCCUACCCCUACAGCUCCCCGCUAGCCCCCCUGGUACCCCCUGCCACCCUCCUGGUCCCCUACCCUGUCAUUGUUCCUCUCCCUGUGCCUCUACCCAUCCCUCUCCCUAUCCCCGUCCCACAGAGCCAGGAGUCCAAAGGAUUCUCUGACCCCUCUAAACCAGCCUGCAUGGUGACUAAAAGCACACAGACUAACUAUGAGGAGAUCGUCAGUCCUCCACCACAUGGUAACAUUAUGACUCUUUACCCUCCAUCGUCAAUGGCCUCUCUGUCCUCUGUUGCCAUGGUCCCCGAGGGGGAGGUGCUUGACCUAUCAGUGAAAUCCCCUCCCAUUAUCCAACCAAAGCAGGAAAUGGCAUUUCAACAACACGAUGACACUGUCCUCGACCUGUCUGUAGCUAGUAAACAGAAAAGAAAAGAGCGUCCUUCAUCGCGGGACUGGCACACUUCUUCCGAGGGCGCUACUACAGCUUGGCUCCCUUCACCCGAGGGCACUACAUCUGUUUCUCUGGAGGUCUUAAAGCCUGCGGAGUGCACUCAGAAGCUUCACCACCACCCUAGCCUGUUGAACGGUGUAACCCAUGUAGAAUUCAGUAGACGGCGUCAGUGGGCGGUUGUGGAUGGAGGUGGGAGCGGUAAUAGACCCAGCAGCGAGCCCAAGAGCAGUAGCAGCAGCGGUAGCUCCAACUUUGAGAUCUUUCACACCUCUCAAACAGCCAAAGUCAUCGUGGCGGUCAAAGACGCGAUCCCCACCACCGCCAUCUUCUGUGGGAAGAUCAAGUCUCUCUCAGGGCUGUCCAGUAAGAGCCUGUCUAUUAAACAACACGACUCCUCCGGCCACACGGGGGCGCUGUUACAUCAGUGUUACGGUUCUCUGCCUCUAACCAGAGGACACCAUGUGGUGGAGCAGAAGGACCCUAACCUCCCCAGGAACAGACAGGCCAUCAAACUGAAGAAGGUCAGUUCACAGGAGAUCCACAUCCUCCCCAUCAAGAAGCAACGUCUGGCUGCCUUCUGCCCCAGGAAGUAGAGAGUUAGCCUGGUCCCAGAUCUGUUUGUAGAGAGGAGUUAGCCUGGUCCCAGAUCUGUUUGUAGAGGAGUUAGCCUGGUCCCAGAUCUGUUUGUAGAGAGGAGUUAGCCUGGUCCCAGAUCUGUUUGUAGAGAGGAGAUAGCCUGGUCCCAGAUCUGUUUGUAGAGGAGUUAGCCUGGUCCCAGAUCUGUUUGUACUGUCUUGCAGAUGUGGGACCAGGCUGGAGCGUGAAGUGUCAUUGUAGAAGUGGGAUCGAAUCCCGGGUCAGACAGACAGGGCGGUCUCUGUUACAUAAAGGAGGUGGUGAUGAGGUGAACUAUCCUUGACUAAGACCUGAAGACUUGCGUUAGCUCCCCGAGCUUAGCUAAUGCCUAGGCUUUAGCUCAACAGGCUAACACAGUCUUGUGGGACACAAGAGACCCGAGGUUCAAAUCCAGUUGGUUACGUGUCUUUACUGCUAGCUCUUGUUGUUGACAGAAGUUCUGAGACAUUGGCCAAGUGCUGUGACUACGGCAGACGAUUGAGGACAAUCUUCCUGGCACGGACAAUAUCUCUUCCAUGUGUUGAGAGACGAAGGACGACUUUGUUGCUGUAGUGCUGUGACUACGGCAGACGAUUGGGGACAAUCUUCCUGGCAUGGACAAUAUCUCUUCCAUGUGUUGAGAGACGAAGGACCACUUUGUUGCUGUAGUGUUGUGACUGUAUUUGUAGUUGUCUGACAUUUUUACCUUCAUGUUUAAUUCAUCAAUAUAAACUGUUAAAAGAGGACUUUCUCCUUUUACAAAAUGCUGUCAAUUCACAGAUUAAAUGUGGCUGUCCAUCGUCUGCUACUUCACAUGUGAAAAGGUACAUUUGUUGAUGCUUCGCUAGGCCUAUACAGUAUUUCAUAUCUGAUUUAGGAUCAGACACUUAGCCAGUCAUUUGAUGGGUCAUGUUUGUAUGUGAUUCAGUUGGAGAAAACUGUCAUGAGAAUAAAACAAAGUGUUCUUGUUGA